AACAUCAUACUGUAUAUGCUGUAUAUAUAUCCCACUUGCCGGCAGUGGCACGGCACGACCGCAGACCUAGGUGGUGAGGUGGUGUGGGUUGUGGGUGUUGGCAGUGUGCACAUGCAAGAGAUGCGGGCGAAAUGAAAGCCACGCCUAGGAGUAGUAGAGAGUGUCAAUUUGCAUGUUUGCGCGUUGACUUUUUUUCGUCAUUCAUACCGCAGCGAGGCCGCUACGGCGAACACCCUCCUCGACAUCGCCAUCGGCAUUGCAGCAGUAUUAAGCAAUCUAUCUACUACCUAUACUCGCCAGAACAAGCGUCCUUCACUGAGCCUCAACCCGCGCACCGCAUACUUUCCUUCUUCCCAGAUACGACAAAAUGGACAAAAUCACCCCCUACCAACAGCAGUUCGACAACUACCUCGCAAAGUUCCGGACUCUGAACCGAAUUGAGGCGGCGACGGGUGUUCCCAAGACGUACUUCACUCUUGCCAUAUACGUUUUGGUCUCCAUCUCCGUCUUCUUCAACAUCUGGGCCGGCCUCACUACCACCGUCCUUGCUCUCAUCUACCCCACCUACCGGGCAUUUGAAGCGUCCUCGAAGAACGAUGUCGAAUCCCUGAAGGUCUGGGUUACAUACUUCUGGUUCCUCGGACUUUUGUCCCUCGUCGAGUUAAAGGCGGGGACUAUCCUCUACUACUUCCCUCUGUACUACGUCGCCAAGCUUGUUGGAACAUUCCUCAUGUUCUUGCCCAAAUACGAUGGCGCAAAACACCUUCACGACUUCAUCUUGCCUCACUUUGAGCCUUUCUUCAAGCACAACCAGAAGGACCUUACCAAGUAGAUUUUACCU